AUGAAGGCUCAAUCUCUUUCCCAGUUGCUUAAUUUGCUUCCUUUUAUUCUUCAUUCCGUCAAUGCUAUUCCUGCACGAAAAGUGGAAGAGUCCAGUAAUCCUGGACUGAGAGGAUCCAAGACGCUGGUCGGGUAUUCGCCUUCCGAGAGCCACGGCAGCUCAACAACACCAGACAUCAAGUACAGCUUGCUACCGGGUCAGAAAAAUGACCCGGAUAUCGGCACCUACCUGGACUUCACCAAAGUUGAUAACCCACAGCCAAUUCGGGGAGAUACCGGUGGUGAUGACCCGGGUCCACGCAAUUAUGGCUAUGACAAGAUGAAUAGUGACAAGUUGGCUCCCCCGGGUACUGAUCACGGACAGACGAUCAAUGCACAAUGGCCGAUGGGACUCAGCCACAACAGACUUGGCAUUGAUAAUGCAGGUUGGGCUCGACAGGAAAAUACGGUGGUGAUGCCGGCUGCCACCGAAAUGGCCGGGGUUGACAUGCGACUUGAGCCGGCAGGGUAUCGCGAGCUGCACUGGCACGUUGCUAGCGAGUGGUCACUUGUCUUGAAUGGAUCUUGUCGCAUUCAGGCAGUGAAUGAAAAUGGGGAGACGUUUGUGGAUGAUUUGGUCGCCGGCGAUGUCUGGUUUUUCCCGCCUGGAAUUCCGCAUUCUAUCCAGGCUUUGGACGAUGGAGUCGAAUUCCUUCUCGUUUUCGACGAUGGUGGCUUUAACGAAGACAACACAUUCCUCGCCACUGAGGUCUUCCUCCACAGUCCAAAAGAAGUCCUAGCAAAGAAUCUCGGCGUCGCCGUCGCCGACUUCGACAGCAUCCCCAACGACGAACUCUACAUCUUCAAAGGCACGCCCGCACCCAAGGACAUCGAGAAGCAAAACGUCACCACUUCCUCGGGCAUCGUCCCGCGUUCCCAAAGCUACUCCUACCAUUUCUCCGAGCAGCAAGCGCACGAGGUCGCCGGUGGAUCCGUCAAGAUAGUUGACCCACUCACAUUCCCCGUCGCCAGCAACUUCUCCGCAGCAAUCGUCACCGUCCAUCCCGGCGGGAUGCGCGAGAUCCACUGGCACCCGUCCAGCGAUGAGUGGACCUUCUUCAUCAAGGGACAGGGUCGCGCAACGCUCUUCACUGCGCCUGAUGCCGCCACUACUUUUGAUUACAUGGCUGGUGAUGUGGGGUACUUCCCUCAAUCGAACAGCCACUAUAUUGAGAAUACCGGGAACGAGGAUCUGGUGUUCCUGGAGGUCUUGAAGGCUCCUGAGUUUACAGAUAUGGCUCUCGGUCAAUGGAUUGCGUCUACACCCCACCAGAUUAUCUCGGAUACUCUGAAGCUGAGCGAUAGUACCCUCAGCAAGUUGAAGACGGAGAAGCAAUAUGUUGUUGCUGGUUCGGCCAGUGAUGAAUAG